CACUGACUAACCACUGAAUCUCUGUAAUGCAGCAGAAUCAGUGGCCCAACUAAAGAAAGGCACCAUGGCUGUUGGAUUGAGGCCAGUGAUUUUGCUGCUUUUGCUGCUCUGCUGUUGUCAACUUGCCUCAAGUAAAGAAGGAAAAUCCACAAAGAAAGGAAAAAAAGGAAAGCAAGUUGUCUGUCCAUCGCAGUUGUCUCCAGAAGAUUUGGCACAGGUUCCAGCUAACUCUACCUCCAACAUUUUGAAUCGUCUGAUGGUCAGUUAUGACCCAAGAAUAAGACCUAACUUUCAAGGUAUCCCAGUUGAGUCCAGAGUGAACAUCUUCAUUAACAGCUUUGGGUCUAUCCAGGAGACAACUAUGGACUACAGAGUAAAUAUAUUUCUUCGACAAAGAUGGAAUGACCCUCGUCUACAGCUUCCUACAGAUUAUAAGAGUGAAGCACUAACUGUUGAUCCCAAAAUGUUCCAGUGUUUAUGGAAACCAGAUCUUUUCUUUGCAAAUGAAAAAAAUGCAAACUUUCAUGAUGUCACACAAGACAAUAUACUGCUUUUCAUCUUCAGGAAUGGAGACGUCCUGAUCAGCAUGAGGCUGUCGGUGACACUGUCUUGCCCCUUGGAUCUUACACUUUUCCCAAUGGACACACAGCUAUGCAAGAUGCAGCUGGAGAGUUUUGGCUACACCACCAGUGAUCUUGUGUUCAUGUGGCAGUCUGACCCAGUUCAAAUGGAUGAGAUUGCUCUCCCACAGUUUGACAUCAAGCAAGAGGACAUAAAAUAUGGAAACUGCACAAAGUACUACCAAGGAACAGGAUACUACACCUGUGUUGAGGUUAUUUUUACAUUGCGACGGCAGGUCGGUUUCUACAUGAUGGGAGUUUAUGCUCCAACACUGUUGAUUGUUGUUUUGUCCUGGUUGUCAUUCUGGAUCAACCCCGAUGCCUCAGCUGCAAGGGUGCCACUGGGUAUUUUGUCAGUGCUUUCUCUAUCCAGUGAGAGCAUGUCCUUGGCUUCAGAGCUACCAAAAGUUUCCUAUGUAAAGGCUAUUGAUAUUUGGCUCAUUGCCUGUCUGCUCUUUGGGUUUUCAUCCCUGGUGGAAUAUGCUGUAGUCCAGGUGAUGCUGAACAGUCCUAAACUGAUCGAAGAGGAGAAAGCCAAAAUGGCCACAAAAGAAAAAGCUUUGAAGGAGAAAGAAGGAAAGAAGCCUUUAACUAAAGCUAUCAACACCAUCAAUGGCACUAGUGGAACACCAAUGCAUGUCAACACUCUGCAGGUCGUUGAAACUCGCUGUAAGAAAGUUUGCACUUCGAAGUCUGACCUUCGCUCCAGUGACUUCAGCAUCGUUGGAUCUUUACCUCGAGACUUUGAACUUUCUAACUUUGACUGUUAUGGUAAACCAGUUGAAGUUACAGGGGCCCUCAAAUCACAAAACAAAGCCAACAAGAAACCACCACCACCUAAACCUGUCAUACCGGCAGCUGCUAAGCGCAUUGAUCUUUAUGCAAGAGCCCUUUUUCCCUUCUCUUUCCUCUUCUUCAAUGUUGUCUACUGGUCAAUCUAUCUGUAA